CGGAUUCAGCCUCGGGUUAGCUGUGCAAGGCCAGCGGGCUGCUCAUCUGACUGGAGUGCAUCGCUGCCCAGCAGCCUGAGCCUACAGGGUGUUUUUUUGGACAGUUGGGUUUCAAUGGCCACCUCAAGUAGCGAGAAGCAAGGACUGCUUAUACGGACAGUUCGUUUUUAUCUUGUGCGGAGUCGGCUUUGUAGUGGGAUGUUGAAAUAUGACACAAUGCCUGUUUGUUUGCAAUAGCUGCAACCCUCGUAGCAGAGAUUCAAGUGGGAAACAGAGGGGAAAUCCAGAGACAAGCCAGCGGGGGAAUUAGGAACUGUGACGCCGUGUCCUCUCUCCUGUGCCCGGAGCAAGCAAAGGAAAGAGAGGUAGAGGAAAAAAGACUGAGCCUUGCAACCGGCCAUCACCCUGACGAUGUGUCAGUCAAACACCCUGCAGGGACCAGAUCUGCACACAGGGAAAUGGUGAGAUGCUAUAAAGCUUUAUCUAACCCUCCACCCUCUUGCUACAACCUCCACAAAGUUAAAAUUCAUGUCCGGAGGCUGCGUUCAGGGAACGGCGGCAGCAGCAGCUGUGCCGGGGACCAGCAGUCACGACUGGAGAGCCCAGGCCCGGCCGGCUCUGCUGGUGGUACACCAAAUAGGAGAACUCGUUUCAGGUUGCAGUUUCCCCAGCUGGCCCUGAGGCGAAGGUUGGGCCAGCUGAGCUGUAUGUCUAGGCCUGCUCUGAAACUCCGUUCUUGGCCUCUGACUAUUCUCUAUUAUCUUCUGCCUUUCGGUGCUCUUAAACCCUUGACCAGAGUGGGAUGGAGGCCUAUGAGCAGGGUUGCCCUCUACAAAUCGGUACCAACUCGACUGCUCUCGCGAGCCUGGGGUCGCCUGAACCAGGUGGAGCUGCCUACAUGGCUCAGAAAGCCUGUGUACAGCCUGUACAUCUGGACAUUUGGAGUGAACAUGAAGGAGGCAGCUGUUGAAGAUCUGCAUCACUACAGAAACCUCAGCGAGUUCUUCCGCAGGAAGCUGAAACCACAAGCACGGCCUGUCUGCUGUUUGCACAGUGUGAUCAGUCCCUCUGAUGGAAAGAUCCUUAAUUUUGGACAAGUAAAAAAUUGUGAAGUGGAGCAAGUCAAAGGGGUUACUUAUUCUCUGGAAUCUUUCUUGGGACCUCGUGUCUGCACAGAGGAACUGCAGUUUAGCCACGGCCCAUCUGGUAACACUUUUCAGCAACAACUAGUCACAAAGGAGGGUAAUGAGCUCUAUCAUUGUGUCAUCUACCUUGCACCAGGGGAUUAUCACUGCUUCCACUCGCCCACUGACUGGAGAGUGUCACACCGACGUCACUUCCCAGGCUCUCUCAUGUCUGUGAAUCCUGGAGUUGCUCGUUGGAUCAAGGAACUGUUCUGCCACAAUGAACGGGUUGUCCUUACAGGUGACUGGAAAUAUGGCUUUUUCUCCUUAACAGCUGUAGGAGCAACAAAUGUGGGCUCCAUCCGCAUCUACUUCGACCGGGACUUGCAUACCAACAGUCCAAGUUACUCUAAAGGUUCCUACAAUGACUUCAGCUUCAUAUCCAACAACAACAAGGAGGGAAUCUCCAUGAGGAAAGGAGAACAUUUAGGGGAAUUUAACUUAGGCUCUACAAUCGUAUUAAUCUUUGAGGCACCCAAGGACUUCAAAUUCCACCUCAAAGCUGGACAAAAAAUCCGCUUUGGAGAAGCACUGGGCUCUCUAUGAAACUCUCCCCAAGAAGGCUUUCUAUACAAAGGGACUCUUAUCACACCACUGAGUGUUUCACUUUACAAGCAUGUUUCACUCAGCAGGACCUGGGUGAGGAAACGAAUGUCAUUGCUGUGUUGAACUUGAGAGUAUUUUGGCAGAAAGAGUUGAAUGACAAUGUAUGUAACAGGUACAGCUGCCUUUAGAGAUGUUGACCACGGAGGCUUUUGUCCUACCCGGUGCCUGUCAUGUUCUCCCCUCAAUGUGCCACAGGAUAAUUAAGUUCUUAGAGCCUGCAAGUCCUUUUUAAGCCUUCCUAGGCUGUGCAGGUGCAGUGGGGAAGGGUGGAUAUAGAGAUGAGCUGUAUUUAAAGGGACAGUGACAGGUUGAGUCAGACCUUGUACCGUAUAGCUGCAGUAUCUGUUUUUCAGACUGUGACUGAAUAAUGUGUUCUCAUAUUUAUUUUAUUCUAAGAUACUUUGCUGAAAGGCAGCCUGUAGAUGCACAAAAUGCCAAACACUUAAAUUGGCUGGUAUGGCUUCACAGUCCAAACUAAGCAAAAUGUACAACAGACAGCACCUGUACAAUACAUUCUACUCAUCCAGGUUUUCUAAAAUUUUAAUUCUUUUACCUGACAUUGUCCCUUUAGGAAUGGACUUUGCACUGUAUUUUAAACCUGAAAACACUGUGUCUACAUUCCAUAUGCUGAAACUGGUAAUCUUGGGAUUUUUUUUUUUUAAAACAAUUAGCAAAGUUGUGUGUCCUAUUCUUAAUCCAUGGUUUUAUUUUGCUAUUCCUAGGCUUUAAAGAUUGUGCUUGUAUGAGACAAUUCACCUUUUGGAUUAAGAGUUGGAAGACAGAAAGGAUGUUGUGUGAUGCAAUGAGAUGGCAGCCAAAAUAUUUUUACUUUCUGCUCUGUAUCUUCAUUGAUGCUUUGUCACUAAAUUUUUGAAAAAUGAAUUGUAUUUACAGAACAGUUUCAGAGACCAAUUUUUAUUUCAUGGAGUGAAAUGUCCUAUGCAGUGACUGUGUAUAAAAAUAUUCUGGAUCUAAGAAGCAAUCCCAGGUUGUCUCCCAAGUGCCACCCUGGCCCUCCUCUACUGGCAACAAUUUAAUCUUCUUCAAAAUACUAAAAUAGACCCCACACCAGCUCUGCCCUCUGCCCUCCUACUUAACACUAGGAAUGUGCUGGGGGCUGAAGGUUCUCUGCUGAAGCUUUGUAACUUCAUGUCAAGAAAAGUUCGAAUCUUAACACCUUGGAUCUGCCAAAUGUGGCACUAAGAGAAACUGGUGCCAAAGUGAAGAGGAAUUGAUUUUUACGCAAGGUAUCAAUUGUUUUUAGAGAAUAAACUGCUUCAGGUCCAGGCAUUCCCACAUUUAGAACUGAUGUUGCUGUCCAGAGCUUGUUGGAGUGGGCAUGCUUACGAAACCUGCCUUUCUGCUCUGAAAGAUUUUCCAUAUUUCUUUGCUUGAGCCUUGGGUGUUUUUCUGCUACUUCAAGAAGAUUGUAGGCUUUGACCAGCUCUGAUUUCCUAAAGAAAAACUUAUCUUGUUUGUAUGCACUGCAGAAAAUAGAAUAUAAUUUUGUUGUACAAAUGUCCAGUUUGCCAAGUCAAUUAUGUUUAGCUUGUCAUCAGGAAGGAAGGUAUGAUGAACUGCUUCCAAGUGAUGUAUCCCAGCCAUAACUCAGAUGAUGGUGGCUGUUUGGGUGACAAGCAGGAGAAAAUUCAUUUGGCUCUGAGAGUCAAUGUUUCCUCACAGAGGGAGGAAAGCUUGAAGUGGCUCUUAGCCACCUGUCUUGUUAAACUUACAGGCAUUAGCAAGUUUACUCCUGCAGCAGGAUGUUACCAUAUACAAGUUACAGAAACGUGCCCUUUUUUAAACCAUUGAGAGUCAGAAAUGACAAAGGCAAACAUCAACCCUAGAGGAUGAGUAGCCUUUUGCCUAAACUUGCAUGUUAAUGCUAGAAAGCUAAUCUGUUCCAGUGGAUGAGAGAAAAGACAACUGAAUCUCUUCCCCCCAUUUCCACUGAGGCCUAUGGCAUCCAGACACAGCCAAAGCAACUUUAAGCUUUAAUUUCUUCCUACUCAGCAUCAUCAUCCACAGUAUCUGAAGGUUACUGUUAGCCUAAUAACAGAGGACAGUUUACAUGAUGUUUGCUUCAUUUGAAAGCUAAGGAGAGGAUUCUGCAUCCAAGUGGCUGUUUUUGUGAUGGUCUUAAUACUGUGCAGAGCUGGCUGAUUAACAAACAUUAUUUGUAUGCAGUGGUCAGCAAUGCACCCUGGAAGUGAAAGGGAAGUUCCUAGAGGGUACUGAUAAUGCUGUGAAUUUCUCCUGCAUGGAGAAUCCAUUUAAUUCUUCAACUGUAUCAGUAGCACGGUAUUUUUGUAUGUCAAAGUGUAUGACUUACUGACAUUAACUCAUCUAAUUGCAAACAUUUUGAAAUAAAGUCUUAUCAGUGUUGCUUA